AUGGAGAUGCCGUCAACGAAGGAAGAAGGUGAAGCUCAGAGACUUUGGAGGUGUGCCUUGGGGUUCCUGUUCUCCUACGCUGCCCUGAUCUGCCAUGAGAGCGACUUCUUUCUUGCGAAGGACAACCGCUUGAUUCCCAAGGAAGUUGAAUGGGACGACUGGAGGGAAUUCGCCACGGAGCUGAGUACGCAGACCAUCUACGGGCGAAUCGAUGAGCGCUUCUAUUACGGAGAGCUGCGCCUCAGCCGGUUGAACAAGCUGCAGUAUCUGGCUUCCUUCAGUUCUUACAUGCCUCCGUGGAAUCGCUAUGGGGAUUUCUUUCACGACCAGUUCGCGUGGCUCGCCUCAACAACAGUUUAUAUCGCUGUGGUUCUCACAGCGAUGCAAAAGAGUCCUAUGAUCAACCUGGCCGCUACUGAAGAUAUCGUUCUUAACUGGGAAUCUCAGGAUGAGCCCACUACAAUGGAUUCGAGGCACAAAAAUUUAGAAGAUGCUGCCGACGCUGCAGAGAAGGCCGCCAAGGUUGAUGGCCUUGAGAAUACCUCCGACGAGGCCAAGGACGAUGGGCAGAAGGCCGGCAAGGACCUCAAGGAGGAGGCCAAUGACACCGCCAAGGACGGAGCAGACGAGCUCCAAGAGACCCUCGAUGAGGCCGUUGAGGGAGCAGAGGAGGUGGAAGACAACGGUGAGGAGGACGAAGAUGAUGGGGCCGAGGAGCUCGAAGAUGCCUACUGA